ACUCAUGGUGGCGGUGCCGGCACUGAAGGUCACCCAACUCUCUCCCCCCCGAGCCAGCGUCACUCCGCCAUGGGCACGUCCCGGCGGCCAGACCCGCCCCGUCGCUGCCGGUCGCCACAGUAACCGCUGCCGGCGCCGUGCUCUCCCAAAUGGCGGCCGGCCGGCCCCUCGACUGCCUCUACGACCCUCUGUACACGCUGUCGAGUGAGAAGGACCAUUCAAAGGCAAAUAUCCAACUUAUCGGUGAUAAAUUGGUAAAGGUACCAAUUUUCACAAGCAUGUUUAGUAGCUUGAUCCAUUUCCCGGGCUACAGUCUGUGCUUGGACAGCAAAGAUCCAGUGCCUCCAUUGAUUGACCGAAGAUGGAGAGGGAGGGCUCAGCAGCGUCUGGAGGCUCUUCAGCAGCUUGCUUUAGGUCAGCCUUCUCUUCAAAUACCCCCAAUCGUGUAUGAAGAUCCUGAAGUUAGUGGAAGGAAUCGUUACAAAUAUUUUGCAAGACCUCUCAUCCCUUCCAAUAUGCUGCUUCCACCAAAUGUUUGUUAUGCAACGGAAAUGAUAGAUCCCUUUAUCCUUUCAGCUACAAGAGACAGCAAGAUCUUUGGUCCCAAGUUACGAACUUUGGGCACACAGACAGAUUACAGGGAUGGCGAAGCCCAAACGGAUCCCUAUUCCCCUGAAUAUGUAGUUCCCAGUGGCUCAGUCCCUGAACUUCUGACACUUGCUACUCUCACUUGGGGUCGGGGGCUACCAGCAGGACUAGCUGAGGUGGAGAUGAUUGAACGUGCCCGGGAGAAACGUGCGUGGGAAGCAACUCUUCCAGCCAUGGACAAUGCUGCACAAAUUGCGAAGAGGAGGAAAAUGAUGGAUGAUAUGGAGAGGAAGGAGUGGGCCUUUAGAGAACAGGAAAUAGAAAAGUUGCAGGAGAUUCGACUGAGAGUCUUAAAGAAGCUGCUGCUGAGGCAACAGGAGAAACAGAGUGAGCUGGAUGCCAAGCGCUUGGACGACCACUGGCAAAAUCAUCAGAAGGCUAAAAAAGAGAAAAUGAAAAAGAUUCAGCAUGACUUUGUACUGAUGCUCAGGAAACUGAUAGCUAAGAGGAAGAAUGUGAUGGGGAAACUGGAGAGACGAGAUAUCAUCAAAGAGUAUACUGACUUUGCAUCACAAACAUAUGCUCCUUUAUCUAGGAUUGGUUAUUUCCCAGACAACCAUUCUGAACGCUUUGUUGUAAAAAAUUUCUAUCUUAACACCUUUGCAGGACUGUGCGAACUGGAAGCAGCUCUCCCACAUUCUGUCACCCAGGCUAAGAUUAAAGCUCCAAAGCCUAAGCACACUACUACUAAGACUGGAUUUGUUAAAAGAGCAGCAAGACUAGAGGUGCAGCUGGCACUGGUUCACCAGGCACUAUUGGAGAAGAAGAAUAAAGUUGAAGAGCCAAAGAAGCCCCUUCGCUUCCUCAAAAAAAUAGAAAAGCCUGUUCCUCGGCCCCCCACUCCAAUUCUGGAAAAACCAUCAGUUGAGGAAGAGGAAAUAGAACUGGCAGUGAUCUGUCUGCAGAAGUUGCUCCGAGGAAGGGCUAUUCAGAACUUGAUGUUUGAAGAGAAGGAGAAGCGGAUGGAACUGAUCCAAGAGCUGCGCACCACUCACGCACUCCAUGAAGACGGACAGCUGCUUCUGAAAGCAGAGGAGCAAACGAUACGGGCCUUACAGCAACAGCGUGACUUGCAAAUGCACGAGCUGUCAUCAGUGGAAAGCCGCUUGGCCCAGGAAGAAGGAAGGGCACUGGCAAACAUGUUUGAUUUCCUGUCCAAAGAGCUGUUGAGGCUGCAGGAAGAGCGGAGGAUCCACGCUUUUGUCAUGCUGGCUGAGAGGCAGAGGCGGAUGCGGGAGGCAGAAGAGAGCGGACGCCGUCAAGUGGAAGAGAGGCGUCGGCAGGAGGAAGAUGAGAUUUUCAGACAGGUGGUGAAGGUGCAGCAGAGCACUAUUGACUCCUACUUGGAAGACAUUAUCCUGAGUACCAUGGAGAACACAGCUGAAGAACAAGCCAGGGAAGAGAUUCAGAGAAUGGCCGUAGAAAUCAAUGACAUUGCUUAUGAAAUGGAAAGUUGUCGAACUCACCUACAGUCAGAAGAGAUUGUAGCAGAGCUGGUUUAUGCUUUCCUGAUCCCGGAGAUUGAGAAAACCUCUAUCAGAGAAAAAGUGAGGCAGUCCCAGAGAAAGCACAUCUACGCUGCCCAUCAGAUAAUCCACAGAAGCACAGAAGAGUUAUUGGCUGAGCCGGCACUACAGCAGGAGACGUCUGCCAGCAGGAUAGAGGGAGAUCCUCCAGCUGGGACAGGUGGUGGUCUGAGCCCUUCUGAUGGGCCAGACAAGGAUGGCACAGCCUCCUAGAGACAGAUGAGCAAGGGCAUCCAGAAUGCAAAAGCACCUCUCUCUCCUUUGGGCUGUCCCUCCUGCUGCCCACCAGCAAUAUUCUCCUGGAACCACGCUCUGUACAUUUCAGUGUGGCAGCCCCAGUCCAAGCCCAGCCCCCCAACCAGCUCUGGACCUCAUAAGCUAAUUUUCCUCCUCUAAUUACUAAGAGAAGCUUGAGUGAGAGACCAGUGUUAGCGCUCCUUGUUUGUCUUCCUGCCACAGGCCAACAGAGAUCUGCACCUGAGCUUUUGAUGGUAUUUCCUUUUAUCAAUCAUGUUAAAUGAAAAAAUAUUCCAGCAGUGGGAAAUCUUGCAUUGAGACCGAACAGGGAGUCUUUUCUCAAGCCUGUCCCACUGAUUUCCUUAGCGGAGUAAAGCAAAGAGCGGCUUGCUGUGUGAGCACCACUAUUAAUAAGCAUUGUGGUUGAAUGAAAACUGUCCUUGGCAAGCUACUAAUGGGGGUCAGGUCUUGCAUCAUCCUCUCACAUAGAUGCUCACAUAAAGAAAAGGUGCUCUUGCCCUCAGCAGAGUGGUUCCUGCCAACCAGGCAGUGUCUGUCACUAAUAACCAAAGCUAGGCGACAGCAGAAUGACACUGGGGCUGGUGUGCCUUGGUGAAGGACCCAUUAGCCACCUCUUACAGCUUUUUCAAAGAUUUUGCUCUUUGGGCUGACCUCUUUUUGCUUUUUUGAGAACAAUUCUGGAAAGAAUCUGAUUUCUUAGAGCAGCAUUAGUCACUCUGCCUUUCCGUCUCCAGGGGGCUGUGCAGAGAGGAUGCUGGCUUUGCCUUGUUUGCAAGCACGGGGGUGCUCCGGCUCAGGAUGUCAGAAACCAGCAGGCUGCAGACAAGCGCAGUGCAUCUGAUCAGAGAGCUGUCAGGGGCUUGCUCAGCUCUCAAGCACUCACCUGUCAAAACUCCUCAGGUCUGUGGGUUUAGCAUCUCAAAGGUACAUUUACGCCAAUACCAGCAUCAGAUGGGCCAGGUUUUGGAGGGGCAGGCGUAGCCACAGCUAAACACCCAAAAUGCUUACUCACUGGUGCUCUGGCUACAACUCCUGCAAUAAACAGCAGUGUUAGCUCUCAAUGCUAAUGUGAUAAUGGGCUGGUAUCAGUGUCCUUCCAUCAUUUCUCUGAAACCGAUAGCCCUGUAUUCCACUGAGCUGUACAUGACAACUGGGGAGAGGAAACAGAGCUGCUCCAUGAAACCAUUGCUGGGCUCUCGAUCACCGAACCAGGGGCACUGGGGGACCGGAGGGGGCAGGCAGCCUCUGUAAACGUUGCAAAACCCAGCAGGAGUCGGAGCUGGGAGGUGAGUUUUGGUUAGGAUUCUGCGAGGAUGAGCCUGGUAGUUUUGGGGGAUUUGGGAAAACGCCUCCGGCAUGCCUCGCUAGUCACUAGAAGUGAAGGUAGCAAAUGCAGCAACAUAAAAAGAAACUCUCCACGGCGUGGGAGGAGAAGCUGUGUAGGGUACUGGCUCUUUUGCCUCAGGCCACCUUGGACAAAUUUAGCCUGGUUGAAAGAGAGGGGAUAACAUGAAUCACAAGAUCCAGUGUAAUAAGAGAGACAUGGAAAACUUGAUGCAGCAAAAGAGUAGAACAGGAAGACCAAUCCAGUGAAGCAUUUACUGUAUUCCUGAGGUUGCGUGUAGAAAUAAAUAUCCUCCCGGUGGCUCAGUGCGCCGUCUGACGUGGUUUUAAAAAGAGAAGAAGCAUUCUAACAGGUGUGGGAACGAACGUGGGCUGCAGCGUCCCGGUCUUCUCCAGGGAGACAGCCCUCUGCCCGCCAGCGAGGGGGCAGGGGACUCAGGGUGCUAUGCAGAGGCUGAGCUAUAAAUGUCUUGGCUCCUGUUAGGAGUUAAGGGGCGCUGCCAGGGUGAAGCCAUCUCUUCCACAUGACAUCGCGUUGCAUACAGACCGAAGGCCAUGGCAGGGUUCCUGCGGGAAGCUGCUUUUCCAUUGUCAUGUGCGGGCUUUUUCGGGCUUUGCAGAAUGUGCUCGGAGAGAGGAAAAUGAGCACAGUGAGAGGGAGCUGGGAUCGUAAAUCAGCAGCACAAGAAUGCACUAUUCCCUCCUAGCAGGAACCAGAACGACCCCGGGGAGGAGCCCGGGUCCGAACCAAACACAGCAGAUGCCUCCAGGGCUGCACCAAUAAAUGGAAACACUGGGGGAAUUCUCCUCGUCCUGCUUUCCUUGCAGCAGCUGCCCACCGGGAGCCGGCCUCUCUGCGUCCUGACAGGUGUGGGAGCCCGGCUGGACCGAGCUCACGGGCACUGAGAAUGGCUAAAAAUCGGGCUUUUUGGAGUAAAAUGCAGAUAGGCUCAGGACUUCCCUGCUGAUACGGCUCUUGCCAUGUGGAAAGAGGAGAUCCUUUUGCAGUAACUACAGUUCUGGGCAGCAAAAAGGACUAUUUGUAGGAUAACGUGAAGCCAGCACACCUUAUCCCCCAGACACGUACUCUCUCUUCAUUUUUGUCAGCGUACAAACACAACAAACCCCUGCUCCUCUCUCUCUCCUGCCUCCCUUAAAAGCCACACGACCAUCACAAAGUUGCUGCUGUUGAGAGCGUGCUCUGAGCGCUGCCGUUUGCUCUGCUCCUGGUCCCACAAGCACUCAGGCUCUGCCUGCUGCAUUACAGGGCUCAGUUCAGCCCUCUCACAGCUGGCCUCCUGGAAGAAGAGCCCUGGGUCCCUACCUGAGCACUCCACCCCGCCAGGGAUGCAGGAACUGUUUUGGCAGGAACUUCCCGGGACGAGGGAGCGCGGGGAGCUCCCUGCCUGCCGCUUGCAGAGCUCGCUGCAGCUGCGCAGCAAGGAGCCGGUGCUGUUGCUCCUGGUGACAACGCCAGCGCCGAGCCCGAACAGCACCGGUGCUCGGAAUACAGAUGCAGCGAGAGGCUUGAAAUGUUUAACCACUGCUGCUGCACCACACAGCCUUCUGCUUUCCUAAAUAUCCCACUUGGGCAGCGUCUUCUCACCGCUUCACCUCCCCAGCACUAGGAAGGCAGCAGCUCCCACAGCACUGGGGAGCUGCAUCCGCUCCUCUCUCCUUAACUAGCUGCAGGACCGAGCUAACAAUGAACCUAACAAUGAAUCUCUCUCUCUCUUUUUUUUUUUUUCCUCCUAUGAGUCAGUAAUAGCCAGCACUUGUAAUUAAAGCCUUUUGCAAAAGCCACGCUGGUCCCUCACCUAUUGAAUCCGCCAGCCCACAUGAUUUUCCAACCUCUGCUCAAACCGUUUCUGGUUGCUGUGCAGGCCCCAAAUUUGUCACCUCCAGCAGAACCAGCUUCCAGCCACCGACCCGUUCCCCUGCAUGAAACAAAAAUCUUCAGAGGAAAGGAGUGCAGACUUCUAGUUUCACCCUCAGUGGCUGGGAGUUUGGUUGAUACAGACGGUGCCAAUGCACACAGCUUGGUGCUGCUGUGGGGCUGGGUUAGCUUCUAAAGGGAUUCGAAGGCAUCACGGCCCACAAGGAUGUGGACUUGAACCCCCAUUUUAUGGACAGGUAAACCUGGAGUAAACCUAAAAUUAGGUAAACCUAAAGUUAGGUAAGCCUAAAAUUCCUUUCAGACAAGGAAUGGUGAGACAACGACUCUUCCCUGGAAGGCUGCACAGGGCCUGGUCCUCAACGCUCAGGUUUUCUAUUACUUCUUUUUAAAGGGCGAUUGGGAAGAAGCUGUAAAAGUCCCGUUGAUAACGUUUGCAGGGAUUGCAAAGAGCGAUGGACAACUGCAGCCUUCCACACGGAAGGGUGAAUGCAGUCCUCAGAUAGGACACAGGUGCACUAGGUCUGCAUUGGACACUGGGGAGACUCAUAGGAAAUCUCUGGCCAGUUUUGGCACCCACCAGCUUAGGAAAGUAUUAAAAACAAUUGUGGAGGUACAGAGGGAAUGAUGAGAAGGAAAUGAAGGAGCUGAAGGCGCCCUUCCAGUCAGCAAGAAGCGACAAGGUGACUUGGGCCAAGGGGCGUUUGUGGUGAGAGGAGUUCAGAGGCACCAGCUCAGGCAGCUCCACAGUGCUCAAGGACAACCACCCACGACCCCAAAUUACCGAGGGUUGUGACAAACGACAAAAUUCAACGCUGAACUCACCCAACAAGGCUCUGCAGGGUCGAACAACGACGUCCUGGAGAUGCGACGGGCCGCCCUCGAGCAGAGCAGCCCCGGUCCCAGCAGCCGAUCCCCCGGCGACGCUGUGGGACCGAUGACAUCCCGGCCUCGUCCCCCGGCCACCCAAAAACCCUCCAGAGCACCAAGGACCACAGAACAGGAGCAGUGCCCCUCCACCGUGUCACCCCUUCACCCGAGGUCCCCACGUCACGUAAUGACCAGAGGCCACCGGGAGGCCGCAGCCGAUGGGCGCAGGAGGCCGGGGGGCUCCGGGGGGCUCCGUCGGGGCCGGAGCGCGCUCGCGUCCCAGGAAGAAAGGAAGAGGAGCCUCUGUGCAAUAUAAAUUUGUUUUUAUUGAAGCAGCAGUCACAUGACCUUGCAUCUAGCCUUUAGGAUAGCGACAGAAUGGAUUCGGCCAGGUCAGCCAGCCCAAAAAAAGGAUUUUUUAUUCUUUUUUUUUUUUAUUCUUUUUUUUAAUUUUUAUUUUUUUUUACUUUUUGCGCUAAUAGACAUGUCAUGUUUAAUACAUACAUUAUCCAGUACCGGAAACCCAACUCAGAGAUAGCUACGUGCUGAUUUGCUGGAGGAACGGUCCACUGGACGUGGUCUUGACAAACUUUACAGAUCACCACCAAAUAACAUUACUAAUGGGACCAAAUUAAAAAUGAAAAUAAAAAUCGUGAAACGAAAAUCAAAACAAUGAGUGCAGUAUUCAAAGCCAGCAGUUUACACAGGUUCUUAGGUUUGUUAUCUAUAGGUGGACAGCAAAGGAAGAUUGGUUGGUUUUAGUUUGAGUUAUCAUGUCCCAGGGUUCCUCUCUCCAUCAAAUCAAACGGCAUCAGAGACAACAAGCUGGCACCUCUUGGAAAAAUAUCAUGGAAUAACACAGCUCAUUUAAGAAAACAUGCUUAUUUCUUGUGUCUUUAUUUUUUUUUUUUAAUUUUUUAUUUUUAUCAUUAUUACAAAGAUUCAAUGUCCACCUAUUCUUGCGGAGUGGAAAGAGGUGUGAGGGCAAGGAACAAGGGGCAGAGAAGGAAGAAAGGAGGAGGAAAGAAAGGGGCAAGAUUUUGAAAUAAAGACCACACACUUUGUAAUUUUAAAUUUCAUUUCCAGGCUAACCUACUUUUUAUUUAAUGCAAAUUACAGUACCAGUUAACUAUUUCCGAACCGAGUCACACAGAACAAAACGUAUUUACAAGGGGAAUGGGGCGGGGGAAAUAAUAAAACAUUAAGCAUACUUUCCACAAAAAAAGUUUAUAUUUAAAAUGAAAAAAAAAA